AUGGGAGAGUUUAAAUAUGCCUUCAGAGUGGUUGAUUUGAUGGUUAGAAGUAAGAUUAAAGCUGACCUCAUCUUGCACAUCGCUUGGAUUAGUGGUGUUUGCAGAAAUAUCACUGGCACCAAGAAAAGAUGGUACAUGACAAAGAGAAUAUCUAAGAGGGAUGCACACCAUCAAUUUAAGCUGAUGCAAAAGGAGGGUAUACAUCCAAAUGCGACUUUCACAAUUCUCAUUGGUGCUCAUGGCAGGGCUGGUGAAAUUGAUCGUGCAAUAGGGUUGUUUAAUAGGAUGAGUGCAGAUGGGUGUACUCCUGAUAGAUGUGCAUACAGUACUUUACUGAAAUCCCUUUGUGAGUCUGGAGAUCCCAUGGUCUUCUUUGAAGUCAUAGUCUCUUACAGCAGUGCCUGUUCUCUGGGUGUUCACCAACAGGAUCGCCUCAAAUCUGGAAACAACCUUGGAAUGCCUGAGAGAGUUCUAUCUAAUGGGAAGGGGCCAGAUGAAUAUACAGAGGUCUUGUACCUUACAGUAUUGUGUGAAACCAUUUAA